AUGGCAUUUAUGGCGUCCUCGGAUUGGCAUCUGUCUCUAAAGCUUGUCGACCAGCCAAAAUCCAAAUUCCUCUUCCCGGAGAUGAUGCCUGGUGAUGUCCCACCGGGAGGAUACAGAGUAGCUACUCUCAAACAGCUGGUCUCCGCUCAACUUCCGGACUCAAUCCCAGAUCCAGAACUAAUAGAGCUGGUCCACUGUGGCAGGAAACUGAAGGACGAUCUUACUUUAGAGUCGUAUGGUAUUCAGAAUGGCUCCACCAUACACAUCCUGAAAAAGAGUUGGCCAGAGCCAGAGAGCGCACCAGAACCUGUCAAUAGAGCGACGGCUGCCAGAGAGUUCAGAGUGUUUCAUGCUGCUCUUCAUUCUCUCAAUUCAUCCUACAGAGAUGCGGUUUACAAAAUGUUAGCGAAUAAAGAGUCCCUGGAUCAAAUCCUUGUGGCUACAGCAGGUCUCCGCUCAGAUCCUGUUGCUCUAGGUGUACUCCAGGACAAAGACCUCUUUGUGCAAUUCACAGACCCCAACAUGCUGGAUGAGUUGAUUAGUUCACAUCCAGCUUUGGUGAAUGCUAUUAUCCUGGUCCUACAUUCUGUGGCAGGAAGCAUGCCAGCACAGUCUAGCAGCAGCGCAUCACGCAACGUCUCCUCCAGCUCUUACAGUGACAUGCCAGGAGGAUUUAUGUUUGAAGGCAUGUCUGAUGAUGAGGAGGAGUUCCAGUCUAGUCCGUCAAAUCGGUCUGGGCCAUCGUCAGGAAUGAGACCUGUGUCUCUGAGCCACAGUGGAGCCACAGGCCCUCGACCAAUCACACAGAGUGAACUGGCGACAGCCCUGGCUCUGGCCAGUACUCCAGACAGCAGCGCAGUUACCCCGACCACAACAAGCCAGACUGACCCUGCCAGUGGUGUCACUCCCAUGCCAGCAGGAACUCCUGUCAGUAAUGAUCUGUUUAGUCAGGCUCUACAACAAGCGUUACAAGCCACCACCAUGACAUCUUUACAAGGCAGAUGGCAGUCCCAGAUGCAGCAGCUCAGAGACAUGGGGAUCCAGGAUGAAGAGCUAAUGCUGAGGGCGCUGCAGGCCACAGAUGGAGAUAUUCAGGCUGCCCUCGAGCUUAUUUUUGCUGGAGGCCCAGGACUGUGA